GAGGAGAGAGAAAAUACAAAAAAAAUUCAAAAAAAAAAAAAAACCAACCCAGAGAUUCUUGGUUUCUAGAUCAGUUUUAGAUCUAAAACGCUCCUACCCAUUUCUCAAGUUUCGAUUUUUCGUAGCUCCUCUUUGUUCGUUUGUUAAUUCGUCCCUUCCUUCUCUUUUUUUCUGUCCCUCACUUAUAAUGGGUACGGAGGUUUUGCGGCCACAGGACUGCCUCAUCCAAAGGAUCCGAGGUCCGCCGUCGCCUGCGGUGUUUUCACGGCGGAGGAACUUCAAUUAUUAUAAUUAUUAUCCUAAUAACAACACCACCAACAAUAGUAGCUAUAACAAUAAUUUUCAGGCUAUUAGCACAGGCAGAUCUACCAGGAAACCGGUGAUCCGACCCGAGAGAUCUGAACAGAAGAAACGGGUCGAGAGAAGGCCACCUAGCUCCGAUGAUUCCAGGGUGCCGCCGGCGAGGGGAAACGGUACUGUUAAGAUCCUCCGUCGCGGCGAGUCGCUCGAUUCGAAUAUUCGGAGCGAGGCGCUUAGGAAGGAAGGUGGAGAUUUGGUCGUCGUUGGGACCCAGAGGCUUGGACCCGACCCGAACAUGGUUCCGAGGCGGAUCCGGAUCGCCGAUCUGGCUGCCGAUGUUUACGCCGGAUCGGCGUUCUCCGUGUCACCGUCUCCGAGCGCACUUCCUUUGCCAUCGUUCGGGAAGAAGCAGCUGCAGCGGCCGUCGCCGGCGGUUGCGGUGGCCGUCGAUGACUCCGCCACGAGGGAUCUGAGGCGCCUUCUCCGGCUCGAAUGAGCUGGAAUCGGGUCGGUUUCCGGGUUUCGGAUCCGAUGACUAUUCACCUUCUCUCUCUUCUCUUCUCUCUCUAUCUCUCUCGGUCUCUUCAGAAACCCUUCUAGAAUCUUCUUAUUAAAUAUUUCUCCUUUUUAGUGUUUUUACGCCUCGCUCCCUGUUUCUAGUAUUUGCCCGCACCGUGAUUUUUUUAAACGGAAGGGUAGAUCUGAAAUAUGGGGUUUGAUUAAAUAACUGGAAAAGUUUAGGGGCGAAAUGGUAAAAAAGAGAAGUUUGUGGGUAGUUUAUGAAUUUAAGACACUACGAGAUUUGUUUGUGGGUUGGGUUCCUUGUUGUUAAGAAGGGCGAAUUUGUUUUUAACUUUUUAGAUUAUAAUCUAUCUAUCUUUCAGGUUAGUGUGGGAAAAUAAUUAAAUAAAUUUGGAUAUAUUUGAGGGAGGAAAAAGAAAAAAAAAAGAAAAAGAGAUGUAGAAGAUAGAGUGGGAGGGGAUGUGGGAGGGGUUGAUUUGUAAAACCUGGAAAUUGUAUGGGAUGUAAGUAUAACUACUAAAGUGUAUGUGAAUUUGAUGAGCUGCUCUGUGUAACCUUUUGUACUGUAAAGUAAGAAAAAUGAUUAAAUAGGAAAAAUUCAAAUUCAAAGGUUUGGUAAUA